GAAACAAAGGUUUGGAGAGAGUGAGGUGAAGGUGAAGCCUUUGUUGUUGUUACUGUUUGCUAUUUUAAAAAAUAAAGAAAAGAGAGAGGCUUCUCUUCGUCAAAGCCCAACCCAAAGGGAGUCGCUUCUUAAUGUUAGCUGGGGUUUCAUAGAGAGAGGGGUUAAUGUCACCGCCUCUGGAGCAUGACUACAUAGGUCUAUCGGAGAUCUCCACCAUGGAAAGCUCCGACAAGUUCUCGUCGUCCGCCUCCUCCUCCGCCACCGUCGCUGAGGACGCCGACGACCGCCGCCGGCAGGCGCUGAACCUCAAGGAGACCGAGCUCAGGCUCGGGCUCCCAGGCUCCGAGUCUCCCGACCGGAAGGAGAAGGUUGGUCUCACGCUCGGGCUUCUCCCGAAGAGCUUCGUGUCCGGCGCCAAGAGGGGGUUCUCGGACGCGAUCGAUGGGCGUGCCGGCGAGUGGGGCUUCGCUGGAGGGGCUGGAUCGGAGGGGGAAUUGGGGAAAGGCGGGGUCUCGUUCUCGCCCAGAGGGGAAGGCGGCGCCGGAGGGCAGCAUUCGGGCCAGGGGAGUGCCGGGAAGGAUGCCGUGGCGAAGGCCGCCGGGCAGGAGAAGAAGGCCCCUGCCCCGGCCCAGGCUUCAGGUGGGAGCGACCGUGGGAUCGCGCCCGCUGCCAAGGCACAGGUGGUAGGUUGGCCACCAAUCCGUAGUUAUCGGAAGAACACGAUGGCUACUAACCCAUUGAAGAACAAAGAAGAUGCUGAAGGGAAACAUGGAUUUGGUUGUCUGUAUGUCAAGGUUAGCAUGGAUGGAGCCCCGUACCUCAGGAAAGUUGACCUGAAAACGUACAACAACUAUAAGGAGCUGUCUUCAGCACUUGAGAAGAUGUUCAGCUGCUUUACAAUUGGCCAAUGUGGUUCUCACGGAAUACCAGGCAGAGAUGGAUUAUCUGAGAGCCGGUUGAUGGAUCUUCUGAAUGGAUCUGAAUUUGUGCUCACUUAUGAAGACAAAGAUGGAGAUUGGAUGCUUGUUGGUGAUGUUCCAUGGGAGAUGUUCACUGACUCUUGCAGGAGGCUAAGGAUCAUGAAGGGUUCAGAUGCAAUUGGACUUGCUCCAACGGCCAUGGAGAAGUGCAAGAACCGUAGUUAGUCCUUUGCCAAGAAGCCUCAGUGAAAGCACCAGUGAAUCAGAUGGCUGCAAGGGCCCCUCUCAAAACCAAAAGAUUAAAGGGUUAUAUCUGGAAACUGUUAUAUAUCUAUUAUAUCCUGUGGUUUGCUGCUUCAAAUGAACUAAGACUUUCUAUUAGCCUCGUAAGAUCCCCCAGGGACAUAAGCUUUGUUAGAUUGUGCCGUCAGUCUUUGUAUGCCUGUCAUGUUAUUCCUAUUUGUGUAAAUGGUUGGUCUGCUGUUUGCAGCUGCUGUGUUUCGGGCACUGUUCCCUGCUUGCAAAUGUUAUUUACAAAUUCCCUCGUCU